GCGGCGCAUCGGCUCGGGGCGCAUCAUGGUGCGCGAGCCGGGCGCCUGGGAGGAGCCGGACUUCCGCGACACGUACCGCCCCCCCAGGGAGCGCAACAACACCGACAGCAGGUUCGAGCGGCGGUCGUUCACGCGCGACUCCUUCUCAUCCGACAUGAAGCGAGACCGCGACCGUGACCGUGACCGUGACCGAGAUCGCGACGAGCGCUACAUCAGCGACAAGCCGCGGGAUAGAGAGGAGAACCGGCGGUCGGGCGGACGCUACUCGCAGCGCCGCUACGACAAGGAGGAGGAGGAGCCCGAGUGGUGAGUGA